GUAGACACUGGCGACGUGCUCGGGUGUACCGUGCUCGAUUGACGACACUUGGCACGUAACUGUCCGCCAGGGCAAAGGUGAUUCCGGGACAGAGUUCAACCUAUCUUUGAAUAGUUAUUUAUUGCUGCGCCCUAUUCUGACCGUUUGUUCCGUGAAGAACGUAGUUAGAUUAUUGCUUCUUGCUGAACAAGCCGUGAACAACCAUUCACCGAGUGGCGGACAUUUGGUCUAAGCAGUUGCGUUAAAAUCAGUGCACGUACUCGGAACUCACUUUCAUCGUUACGGCUGUGACCGAGGUCUACCCGACCACGCUGGACGGGGCGAGGACAAACACACCUUCGAAAUGGAAAUCUCUUGUAACGCUGGUCGUCGUUUCGUGAGCAGCACUUUGCUAAUUGUGCUACUCGUCGGCCAGCCGUGCAGUGGUACCUUCUUCUGGUUGCGUCCCGCACCCACCGACUCACCGAUAUCGGGCGAUCCACCGAACGGUUGGCGACCGCCAGCACUGGUACCGGGUGUCAUCCUGCCGCCCGGUGGUACCAUACCGCCCAGGAAACCGCAAGGGAGCUCUCAGGACUUGCUCCGUCUACCGCAGAUACUGUGCAACUAUGCAGCGACCGGUCGUUGGCCGGCUUAUCCACCGUACCUGCAGGCAGCCAUCGUUGACCUUGGCCGGCACGUGUUUGCCCUGGACGACCAGGGUGUGCGCCAGUACUGUGCCAAUUACGUACGCCUCGUCUACGUCCGGCGGCCGUGCUGUGCCUACCCAGUUUAUCCAGUGUACAUAAUGCCUAGUGGGAAAACUACUACCGAAUCGUCGAUCGAUACGGAUGUCGUGACGGGUAUCACCAGUGUGCCGGAUCAGGGAGAUGAUAUGCCGGACCCAGGAAGCGAUGACGGAAAUGGCGACGAAGGAGAGGAUGACGGUGAAAAGGAGGAUGAAGAUGGCGAUGAAGGUGACGAUGAAGAAGAUGGAGAAAAAGGGGGAGAUGAUGAGGAGGAGGGAGAGGAAAAUGAUGGUGAUGAGGAUGGAGAAGGUGAGGGGGAAGAAGAGGGCGAUGAAGAAGGGGGUGAAGAGGACGGAGAGGAGGGUGGUGAUGAUGGAGAAGGUGGUGAAGAAGAAGGUGAAGGAGGAGACGAACAGGAUGGUGAAGAAGAUGAUGCGGAGGGUGAAGACGGUGAGGAAGACGGCGAAGAAGGUGAUAGUGGCGGGGAAGGUGAAGAUGGGGGAGAGGAGGGAGAUGAUGAGGAAGGUGGUGAAGAGGGUGAAGAAGAGGGUGGCGAGGAAGAUGAUGAGGGAGAUGGUGAAGAAGAUGGUGAGGAGGAUGGUGAGGAAGGUGGUGAGGAGGGCGGUGAUGAAGAUGGGGAGGAGGGCGGUGAUGAAGGAGGUGAAGAAGGUGGUGAGGAAGAUGGUGAGGAAGAAGGUGGUGAAGAGGGUGGCGGCGAAGAAGGUGGUGAGGAGGAUGGUGAAGAAGGUGGUGAGGAGGGUGGUGAAGAUGGUGAUGAGGAAGAUGGUGAAGAAGGUGGUGAGGAAGAAGGUGGUGAGGAGGGUGGCGAAGGAGAUGGCGAAGAUGGUGGUGAAGAAGGUGGUGAGGAGGGUGGUGAGGAAGAAGGUGGUGAAGGAGAUGGUGAAGAGGAUGGUGGCGAAGAGGAUGGUGGCGGAGAGAGUGGGGGCGAAGAGGGAGGUGAAGAAGGUGGUGAUGAGGGUGGUGAGGGAGGUGGUGAAGAAGGUGGAGAAGAAGGUGGCGAAGCUGAGGCGCUGAAGAAGGCGGAGAGGAAGGUGGUGAAGAAGGUGGAGAAGAAGGUGGAGAAGCAGCAGGUGAAGAAGGUGGUGAAGCAGCAGGUGAAGAAGGUGGUGAGGAGGGUGGUGAGGAGGGUGGCGAAGCAACAGGUGAAGAAGGUGGUGAGGAGGCUGGUGAAGAAGGUGGUGAGGAAGGUGGUGAAGGAGGUGGUAAAGAAGAUGGUGAGGAAGGUGGUGAAGGAGGUGGUGAAGAAGGUGGAGAAGAAGGAGGUGAAGCGGGAGAAGAAGCAGGAGCAGAAGAAGCGGCUCCUGCAGAAAUAG